CUCCAUCUCCUGUUGCUCUUACUCUCUUUCGCCUUCUCUGUUUUUCUCCCCAUCCCUGUUGCCUGGUGGCUGCCUGACAGGAACUAGGGAAGCACUGGGCGGAGGGCCCAGGCGCUGGGGGCCGCGAGAUGGUGGAGGAAGCUAUUGUGUCCAUGACAGCGGUUGCCUGGUACAUCAACGACAUGAAGCGCAAGCAGGAGCAUGCGGCGCGCCUCCAGGAAGUGCAGCGGCGGCUGGGUGGCUGGACCGGCCCGGAGCUCAGUGCUUUUGGGGAGCUGGUGCUGGAGGGCGCGUUCCGAGGAGGUGGAGGGGGCGGCCCCCGGUUACGAGGGGGUGAGCGGCUGCUCUUCCUGUUCUCUCGGAUGCUGCUGGUGGCCAAGCGCAGGGGGCUGGAGUACACCUACAAAGGCCACAUCUUCUGCUGCAACCUGAGUGUGAGCGAGAGUCCCCGAGACCCUCUAGGGUUCAAGGUGUCUGAUCUGACCAUUCCCAAGCACAGACACCUGCUCCAGGCCAAGAACCAAGAAGAGAAGAGGCUGUGGAUUCACUGUCUCCAGCGCCUCUUCUUUGAGAACCACCCCGCCUCCAUCCCUGCCAAGGCAAAGCAAGUUCUCCUUGAAAACAGCCUGCAUUGUGCCCCCAAAAGUAAGCCUGUCCCAGAGCCCCUGACACCCCCACUUGGGUCUCCUCGACCUCGAGAUGCUAGAAGUUUUACCCCUGGGCGAAGGAACACAGCUCCAUCUCCUGGGCCCUCUGUGAUCCGCCGAGGCCGCAGGCAGUCUGAGCCGGUGAAGGACCCUUAUGUCAUGUUCCCACAGAACGCUAAGCAUGGAUUCAAGGUAAGAGAGAUCUCGAGAUAGGGUCUGGGCACCUUGACUUCUGGGUCCGAUAGAGAAGGGAGCCUGAGUUCCAAAAUCCUGGGUCUGAAUGGGAAGGGGAUUGGGGCCAGACAGAAUAGCUCAUGCCUGUAAUCUCAGUACUUUGGGAGGUCAAGGCAGGAGGAUUGCUUGAGCCCAGGAGUUUGAGACCAGCCUGGGCAACAUGGCAAAACCCCAUCUCUACAAAAAGUAC